AUGGAGAGGUACCAGGUAGAUGAUGAUUGGCUUGAAGGGUUGUAUGCGGAAAGGAACAUGUGGGUUCCUGCCUAUGUGAAGCAUUUAUUUUGGGCUGACAUGAAGAUGACCCAACGAGUUGAAAGUAUAAAUAGCUUUUUUGACCAAUAUGUACACAAACAUACUCAUUUGUAUGAGUUUGUUGAGGCUUACUGUGAAGCAAUGGAGGCAAGGGCAAAUGAAGAAAGUAUGGCAAAUACCAGUACUGCGAGAAAUUUGAGGCAAAUUGUCACCUGUUUCCCAGCCGAGGAACUUUUCCAGAAAAUAUACACGGACGCCAAAUUUCAUGAGGUCCAAAGAGAGUGUAGUAGGGUACUGUAUGUGCGGUGUUUGAAUAAGAAAAUAUUGGAUGAGUCUGUUGAAGAGUACGAGCUUGAGGAUAGGGUUUGGAUAAAACCUAAACACGCAAGGAAGGAGAUUGUUACGAAGCAUAAGACGAAGCAUAUGAUAUUGGUUUAUGACUUGAAUAACCAGACUGAAGUUCCUGGAAAGUACAUACUUCGUCGUUGGCGGAAAGAUGUUGAAAGGAAGCAUACGAAGGUCAAGGUGAUGUACCACGACCCAUUGAAGACAGAAGUUGUGUGUAGGUACAAUAAGCUAAUGGUGUUGUUUGAGCCUUUACUUUCAAAGGCAGCUAGCUACAAAGAGUCAAUGGAUGUUGUUGUUGAAAUUUCUCACUUGUUGGCAAUUCGUUUGGAUGAGAAAAUUGCAAUGCUUGACAGGCAAAGGCAAAAUGAGGAUGUUGGAGUUGGUACCCCGUCAUCCUUGUGUUUGGAGAAAGGUGGUACGAAAUUGACCCCCUCGUCCGUUGGCCAGUUAUAA